AUGGAAAAUGUGGAGAAUUUUGAGAAUUCUGAAUCAUUUAUGAUGAAAGUUCGGCUUCUGGAGUUUCUCAAAGAUAAUGGAAUCCCAUUUCCGGUAGUCGAAAAUGCAAAAUUUCAUUCGUUCGUCGACUUUCUGAAGCCUGGAGUUGCAUUACCCACUAGUGAAGAAUUAAUUACAUUCAACUCGAAUUGCUACCCAAAACACAAUGAACAGCAGGAUAAGUUUAAAGAGGAAAAUUCUGAGGCUCCGGCUUCUGAAAACCACGUGGAACAUUCUUUCUCUGGUGGCAAAAGUUCGACGUACAUUCUGCAGGAAACCAAACCAGAGUUCUUGACGCUUUCUGGAAAUCCAGAAAAGGCACAACUCGGAACGUCAUCUUCCAAUGUCCAGGACAACUUUAUGAAAUCUGAAACAUCGAAAACGGAAAACAAAUUCAUGAAUCUUGAAAGUAUACCAGGAUACGCAUCCACACCGUGCAUAGUGUGCUUGGAGAGAAAACAGACGAGUGAAGUGCGAUUAGUGCGCACCAACGAUGCCUACAUUAUGAUCUUCAUUUGUGUAAAAAAUGAAUUGUACUCAAUGGAUGAUGCUAAGGAGAUUGCUAAACUACCGAAGUUCCAAUGUUGUGCUAUCCACUUGGAUGAUAUGUAUCGCGAUGCUCUGGAUCACCUGGGUGUCGUCGAUCCAGGAAUCGAUGUUCACACUGACAACGCUAGAAUUAUGGAGGCGAACCAUUUGGUUCGAGAACUCAGACGCGCUCGAGCCAAUCGGGAAAUAAUGAAACAAACACAUGUUCAUUACUUUCUGCGAUAUAUCAAAAAGUUCUUGGAGAAUUAUGCACGUCACAACUAUAUUGCUGCCAGCAAGGAACUCUACUAUCCACCAGUACCGACAAAUAGUCGGUCCCCCCUAGAUCUCGCGACAAAUAGGAAUAAUUUUUGA